AUGCCAAAUAGCAAAGGGACCCAUAAGCGGCUUCAGAAGAAAGGGAAGAACAAGCCUGGUAUGUUGCCUCAGAAAUCCCAGCAGCAGAAAAGGCGAGUUUGUAGAAGAAAAAGACCAAAGUUUUCACUGGACAGUGCUAUUCCCAGAAGUGGCCACGCCUCAGCCUGGAGCACAGACCAGGACCACCUGGCCAGUAUGUUCGGCUUCACGCCAGAUGAAAUUCAGAGUUUAAAAAGUGGCGGCUCCGGCCAGACCUUCUCAGAUGUGGUUUCCCCUGAAGCCGCCAACGCCUCCGGCUCCGCCUCGGCCUCCGGCUCCGCCUCGGCCUCCCGCUCUGCCUCCGCCAGCCGCUCCCAGGACUCCGGACGGACAGUAGGCAGCCGCAAGAGGAAGCAUCGGGCGGCCAAGCAGGAUGGGCGCUGCGCCUCAGCCAGCACUGCCGAGGGAGCUCCGGGCCCUGAACAGCAGGAUGAAGACGUUAGUGGAACUGAUUCCUCCAUGUCCUACCUCAAGUCGCGUGUUGCCAGCUACUUUGGUGCCACUGCGUGGUUGGCGAGCGGGGAAAAGUGUAACGUGUUGGCGCGGAGGAUCACUCCAGAAGGCAAGGUUCAGUACCUGUUGGAAUGGGAGGGGAUGACCCGUGACUGA